AUGCUGCGGUCGGACCCGAGACUAUGCGGAUUCAAAAUCCCGGGUGAGGUUGAGAGGAUCCUAGUCGCCCUGUUCGCCGAUGACACAACGGUUUACCUAUCUGAGAAUGAUAAGUACUGCGACCUUUUAGACGUACUGGAAACGUGGUGCAAAGCCUCGCGGGCACGAUUCAACAAAAAUAAGACCGAAAUCAUACCGAUUGGGACGAAAGAGUACCGAGACAAGGUGCGAAGAACGCGCUCCCUGAACGGAACCGAAGCCGACAUACCGGAAGAUGUGGAAAUCUUGAAAGAUGGCCAAGCAACCAGGCUGCUCGGCGCGUGGGUUGGCAACGGGAUUGACCAAGCGGCCGUAUGGACGGACACGGUAAGGAAAGUUGACAAAGAACUUCGGAGGUGGCACACGGCAAAACCAACGCUGCAUGCGAAAGCUCUGGUUGUGCAAAUGACAGUAGGCGGCCUAACACAGUACAAAACACGGGUCCAAGGAAUGCCAAACUCGAUACAAGAGGAACUGAAUAAGAGCAUUAGGAAGUUCAUAUGGGGUGAAGGACGCGGCUCACCGAUUGCGAUGGCGGAGCUACAGAGG